AUGCCCACGACUUUUGGCGAUACCUUGGUUGCAAAUGGCUCUACACUGACAGAUGUGAAGUCUGCCGAUUUUGUUGUAUUUGACAAAGAGAGGGGGCUGGAGAUACUGGGUUCUGAGCCGAGCUACGAGUAUAUGUUCGCUGUAUCCUACGCUAUCCACGAGGCACCUGUUUACGUUGAAUCGCAAAACAAAUUGUAUUUGUCACAGUUGGCUCCUCCAGCGGGAUACCUUCCCCAGCUCGUGGUCGAUCUAAAUCAAGUCCCUCCUACCUUGUCAGAAUUUCUCUCCGAUCCCCCUGUCUAUGCUCCCAAUGGUGGCACAUUCCACAAUGGCAAGAUCAUCUGGGGGGCUUCCGGCGGCAAUCAAACCAUUGAGGGCGGCGAACAGCGCGUAUCUCUGAGGACAUUAGACCCGGAGACCAACAAGACAACUACUUUGGUCAACAAUUAUUUUGGAUACUACUUCAACACCAUCGACGACCUUGCCGUCCAUCCGAAAACCGGGGAUAUCUGGUUCACAGACCCUCGUAUGUUAGAUCCGUGGUUUCCUCCCAUUGCUAUCGCACAUGUCGAGGCACAGUGGGCUGACGCAGGAGCAGACUAUUCCUGGUUUAAUGGUCUUACGGAUACACCUCCGCAGCUUCCAGCCGCUAGCUACAGGUACAAUAUGUCUUCUGGUGCCGUAACUGUUGUGGACGACAGCCUUGGUCAGCCCAAUGGUGUAGCUUUUAAUCCGGAAGGCACAAUUGUGUAUAUUAGUGAUAGUGUUGGGGCAAGCGGACCAGUUGACCCCAAAUAUGGACACGGAGGAACCCCGUUCAAUACUACCCAUCACAGGACCAUUUACGCAUUUGACGUAAGCGAAGAUGGUACCCAAGCUUUCAACAAACGCCCCAUCUACUUGGCGGCCGGAUUUAUCCCUGAUGGACUCAAGGUGGCUGCAAAUGGAUGCAUAUUGUCGGCAGUCGGGCGAGGUAUUGAUGUACUUGACCCUCUAGGCCAGCUGCUCUUAACGAUUCAAACAAACUACACGGUACAAAACUUUGCUUGGACUGGUCCCGAGCUUAAGACUUUAUGGCUGAUGGGAAGUGGAGGAAUCAGUAAAGUUGAGUGGGAGCUUGCAGGCCAGCGUUUGAAAUAA